CUUCCUUAGCCACUUACUUUCUCUCUUUCCUCCUUGUUUCGCUCGCUUUGCUCUAUUGCUUUUUUGCAUGGCAUCUCCAAUACUGGAUCGUCCUUCACCAUCAGAACCUAUGCGAAAAGACUCCACGUCUUCUAUCUCGUUAUUAUUAAACGACGAUAAUAAAGGCAUGGAUGCCCUCGCCAAAGCAGCCUUUUCAGCCGAAGCGAAUGAUCACCAGUUAAAACCUGCUCAACCGCCAACAUCACACCUACCUACACCGCAAAGUCCAGCCGUACCGUUUCCACCUAUCAUGGUAUCAAGAGAAGACAGUCGGUCUAGUAGUACGGCGGAUAAAUGGAGCCAUACGUCGUCAUCUCCUAUUCGCAAUUCCCAAUCACCUCCUUCUACCAACGCCACUGUAUCAGCAGCAAUCACUUCUCGUUCUGGUUACGGAUCAUUUCCACUCAAGUCGGCUUCGUCCGAUGAAAGGGAACUUUUAUCUCAUGACAAACCUUUUGUCUGCAAGGAAUGCGAUCAAACCUUCAGUCGACCUCACAAUCUGAAGUCACAUCUUGCAACUCACUCUGCGGAACGGCCAUACCAGUGUGAGGUAUGCCAACAUCAAUUUAGAAGACACCAUGAUUUGAAGCGACAUCAAAAACUUCAUACAGGCGAGCGACCUUAUGUAUGUAAUACUUGCGAUCGGUCAUUUGCAAGGCUGGACGCUCUAAAUCGCCAUAGGCGUGCAGAAGGAGGCUCCGCUUGCAAUUCAACUCAGACUCAAAGACGGCUCAGCCAACCUCAGCCACAAAACGCCAACCUUCCAUCCAAUCACCGCCAAGACUCCAUCGAUUCCACCACCGUGAUCAGAACGCGACCUAAUGUACCAGAGCUGCAUAUACCACACCCAGAGUCACGUCCAUUUGAUAAAGAAAGUGGUCGAAGGGCACUGUCAUUAGAUGAACACGGCUAUCGAUCAGAAGAAAAGCCAAGCCCUUUUCGAGCAUCCACUUACCCAGAUCCAAACUCCGUAGCGGGAAGUCAUCGCCCCGUCUUACCGCCACCACAAGGCACCAGCCAACCACCGCCGCCACAGCCUUCACAACAUGAAAAACAACUAGAGCAUCGUAUUUCACACUUGAUGAAGCAUAAUCGAGAUUUGGAAUCUCAACUGGAAAGACAGAUGCUCCUCAACAACUCAAGAGAAUUAGAACGGUAUAAGAAUAGAGUGCAUGAUCUGGAAGUCGAGAUACCAUGGAAAUUCCUACCAAGAAACGACGAUAUUUGGAAGCUCUAGGCGGUUCACGUUCGUCGAGUAGUCCAGGGUCAACCGAUGAGCUUGAGAUGCGUGACACAGCUGAAGUUCACUAAUCCACCAACUUGGGAUGAUCAAAUAAUUUGUGCUCACAAAAAUAUACCCAUGUUCAUUUAGCUAUGCACUGCCUGCCAAGG